AUGGGGGAAGCUGAGAAUCCAUCAUAUUAUGGAAAAAUGAGAGAAUUCAGUGCUCAAAAUAGUGACUGGAGGAUUUAUAAAAGGCGUCUGGAAAAUUAUUUCACCGUAAAUGGCAUAACUGACAACGAGAAGAGGAAGGCAUUGUUGCUUAAUGCUCUGGAUGAGGAAGCAUAUAAACUUAUUUAUAAUUUGGCUUUACCAAGAUUACCAGAAGAUAAGACCUACAAUGAACUCACCGAACUGUUCAAUACACAUUUUAAAGUGGCUGAGUCAGUAUUCGUAGCAAGGUCAAAGUUUUUUACUUCGUUCAAAGAUACUCACGAAAAUGCGACUGAAUGGGCAGCAAGAGUACGAAUUGUACCAAAAUUUGUUAGAGCUCGACCGAUUCCGUAUGGUAUUAGGGAAAGGGUAGAGUUAGAAUUACGUAACUUAGAAAAUUUUGGAAUUAUUAAACCUGUUGAUUUUUCUUCUUGGGCUACACCUAUAGUUCCUGUCCUUAAGAAAUCAGGUGAAGUAAGGAUUUGCGGCGAUUUUAAAAUUACUUUAAAUCCAGUUUUAGAAAUCGACCCGUUUCCAUUGCCUAGAAUAGAAGAUUUAUUUUCGUAUCAAAGACUACCUUAUGGUAUUGCUUGUGGGCCAUCUAAAUUUCAAAAAAUUAUGGAAUCCUUGACACAGGAUAUGGAAGGAUGUGUUUGUUUUUUAGAUGACAUUUUGGUAUGCGGUAGAAAUCCAGCUGAACAUUUGAAUAGAAUGGAUAAAUUAUUAUCUCGAUUACAAGAUGAUAGGGUAUGUUAUUCAGGUUAUAUAAUUGACAAAGAAGGUCUUCAUACAACAACGGAAAAAAUUAAUGCGAUUAAAAAGGCACCUGCGCCGAAUAAUGCUGAAAAGAGCUGCAAUCGGUUUUGGGUAUGA